AUGAUUUGUGUAUCUAAAUCCAAGAGCCAAGGUUCUCUUGCCACCCAGGAACCUACUACCACCCACGGUUCAACGACUCAAGGUCCUCCACCCACCCAACGGCCUCCAGUCACCCAAGCUCCUUCAACAACCACCACCCAAAGUCCUCCUCUGUUCCAGAACUUCAGUGGCUACCAUAUUGGUGUUGGGCGAGCCGACUGCACGGGACAAGUGGCAGACAUCCCCUUGAUGGGCUACGCCAAGUCCGGCCAGACGGCCGGAGGGAUCCUCACCCGGCUCUACAGCAGGGCUUUUGUCCUGGCUGAGCCGGACGCCUCAAAGCGAGUGGUCUUUGUCAGCAUCGACAUCGGCAUGGUGUCCCAGCGGGUCAGGCUCGAGGUACUGAAGAGACUGCAGAGCAAAUAUGGCAGCCUGUAUACCCAGGAGAACGUGGUUCUGAGUGGCACUCACACGCACUCGGGGCCCGCGGGCUACUUCCAGUACACCAUCUUUGUGCUUUCCAGUGGGGGAUUCAGCAAGAGGACCUUUGAGUUCAUCGUGGAUGGCAUCGUGAAGAGCAUUGACAUGGCACAUAAAAAUAUGAAGCCGGGCAAGGUCUUUGUCAAUAAGGGAAACGUGGAAGGGGCCCAGAUCAACCGGAGUCCUUAUUCUUACCUGCAGAAUCCGCUCUCUGAGCGAGACAGGUAUUCUGCCAACACAGAUAAGGAAAUGCUGGUCCUGAAGAUGGUGGAUCUGAAUGGAGAAGACUUAGGAAUGAUCAGCUGGUUUGCAAUACAUCCAGUGAGCAUGAACAACACAAACCAUCUGGUCAAUAGUGACAACGUUGGCUAUGCUGCUUACAUGUUUGAGCAAGAGAAGAACAAGGGACAGCUGCCUGGGCAGGGGUCUUUCCUAGCUGCUUUUGCCUCAUCAAAUCUUGGGGAUGUGUCACCCAAUAUCCUUGGACCUCACUGCAUCAACACUGGGGAGUCAUGCGACAACUUCAACAGCUCUUGUCCAAUUGGUGGGUCCAACAUGUGCAUGGCUGCGGGUCCUGGCAAGGAUAUGUUCGACAGCACUCGGAUCAUUGGUGACAUCAUUUAUCAGAAAGCCAAGGAACUGUACGCCGCAGCCUCCCAGGAGAUCCUAGGUCCUGUGUCUGCCGCUCACCAGUGGGUCAACAUGACGGACGUCACGGUGCAGCUCAAUUCCACACACACAGCAAAAACCUGUAAACCCGCCCUCGGCCACAGCUUCGCAGCUGGUACCAUCGAUGGUGUUGGAGGCCUCAAUUUUACACAAGGUGCAACUGAAGGAGACCCUUUUUGGGACAGCAUUCGUGACCAGAUUUUGGGAGAGCCGUCCAAUGAGACCAAGGAUUGUCACCAUCCGAAGCCCAUCCUCCUCAGCACAGGGGAGAUGUCGAAACCUCACCCCUGGCACCCUGAGAUCGUUGACGUCCAGAUCAUUACUCUUGGAUCCUUGGCCAUAGCUGCUAUUCCUGGAGAGCUCACGACAAUGUCUGGAAGGCGACUUCGGGAGUCUAUUCAAAAGGAAUUCGAGACUAAUGGGAAGCAGAACAUGAGCGUGGUGACGGCGGGGCUCUGCAAUGUUUAUACACAUUAUAUCGCAACCUAUGAAGAGUACCAGGUUCAGCGCUAUGAAGCAGCAUCCACAAUUUAUGGUCCCCAUACUCUCUCCGCCUAUAUCCAACUCUUCAGAGGUCUUGCCAAGGCCAUUGCCACGGACACGGUGGCAAAUUUAAGCCAAGGACCAGAGCCACCCUUCUUUAGCCAGCUGAUGCUGCCCUUGACGCCGAAUCAAUCUGAUAAACCCCCUGGGAACAUGAAGUUUGGGGACGUGCUGCAGCCAGCCAGGCCACAGUACCAGCAGGGUGAGGUCGCUGAGGUCGUUUUUGUUGGUGCCAACCCGAAGAAUUCAGUAGAAAACCUGACAGAUCACACCUUCCUGAAAGUAGAGAAAUAUGAGAACGCUUCGGCGGCGUGGUGGACGGUGCAGAAUGAUGCCUCAUGGGACACCAGGUUUUACUGGCAUAAAGGAUCCUCCGGUCAGAGCAAUGUAAGCAUCGAAUGGCACAUUGCGGGCACCACCCCGCCAGGGCUCUACAGGAUUCGCUACUUUGGGCAUAGCCGGAAGCAGAAUAUCCUGCAGCCGCCAGAUAUUAUUGCCUUCCAAGGGGCCUCGGCCUCUUUCUGGGUCGUGGGGCCCUAGUGAUGAGCUGACAGCCAAAAAUGGUUCUUUCCAGUCAUUUUCUUCCUCAUCUCUCACGUACCCGGCAGCGGAUGGGGAUGAGGCACCCCACUGGUGUCUGCAGCCGCCCUUUUACCCUGACACUGAAUGCUACCAGGGUGAGUGUGGAUCCACACACAUGGCCGUGUGGGUGCUUUGGCAGGGGGCUGGGAAAGAGGUGGCUUUAAUUGCUGUGAGAUGCCCUGGGAGAAGCCAUCCCCAUGUGACUUCAUUCCUGAUCCGCCGCCGCCGCCAUCUAGAACAGCCGGUCACGGCACAGCAAGACUGGUGUCUUGCCAAAGUGAUUAAAGACUUGUAAAUAGCAAUUAAA